UGAAAACUAUGGUUUCCACGGAAGUUUUUACUACUGUUUUUAACCAUUGAAAAUAUUGGGAAUAACCUCCGUCUGUUAUUGGCGGACCAUUUGCGCGUCCUUUGUAACUUCGCACUGAAGUACAAUUCAAAACUUUGGGAUAUUAUACGCUGUCGUACUUCUGAUAACUAAUCUGUAGUGACGUGUCGUCAACGACAAUGGAUGCUUUCUUAUCUGCAUUCAAACAAAAACCGCAAGAGAGCAAACGAUGCAUAAAAAGUCAGAAACACAUCCCUUGGGUUGAGAAAUAUCGACCAAAAACAAUAGACGAAAUAGCUUAUCAAACCGAGGUUGUUAACGUGCUUCGAAAAUGCAUUGAAGGAUCUGAUUUGCCAAAUUUGCUAUUUUAUGGACCACCAGGAACUGGUAAAACAUCUUUGAUUUUGGCUUUAGCUCGUCAACUUUUUGGUCCUUUAUAUUCAGAACGUGUUUUAGAAUUGAAUGCUAGCGAUGAACGCGGUAUCAGUGUUAUUCGAGAAAAAGUGAAAACAUUUGCUCAUGUUGCUGUUAGUAGUAGUACUACAACUACUCAAAACUCUGAUUCAAGUUCAAUAAACAUUCCACCUUAUAAAUUAAUCAUCUUAGAUGAAGCUGAUUCAAUGACAGCACCUGCACAAGCUGCUUUACGUCGUACAAUGGAGACUGAAAUGAGAACUACACGAUUUUGUUUAACUUGUAAUUAUGUUACACGUAUUAUUGAACCAAUCACAAGUCGAUGUGCUAAAUUUCGAUUUCGUCCAUUAGAUAAUGAAAUUGCACGUGCUCGUUUACUUCAUAUUGCAAAUGCUGAGAAUUUAUCUAUUACUAAUGAAACACUAGAUCAUUUACUGUCACUUUGUCGUGGUGAUUUACGUCAAGGCAUCACAAUGUUACAAUGUGUUCAUCAAUUAAUUAUGUCAGUUAAUGAUUCCGAUGUUGGUUCACCAUCGCAUAUUACGCCAAAAGAAUUAGAUGAAGCUGCAGCUGUUGUUCCAAGUGAUCUAAUUAAAAGUCUUAUUAAAACAUCAGAAAGCGGUAGUUUCGAUGAUUUGCAACUCAUCAUCAAAAAUUUAUUAUUGGAAGGAUAUUCAGCACAUCAAACCAUUUAUCAACUGCAUGAAUUUGUAAUCAAUAAUGAAAAAUUAUCCUGUAUUCAAAAAGCAUCUAUUUUGGAAUCGCUUGCUCUUACUGAUUCUCGACUGAUUGAUGGAGCUGAUGAAUAUUUACAACUUUUGGCCGUUGGAGCGACUAUGUUAAAAACUAUUCAAUCAAAUUAAGAAAAAAAUGUAUGUAUCCUUAAAUUAUGCGCCUUUUUUUCUCCAAAAAAAGAAACAAAUAAAUAUUUCAGAUG